AUGUCCAGAGAGCAGAAGACCUCCUUGCUCCCCAAGUUUCCAUGCUCCAUCCUCCGGAAGAAGUCGAAAAAUGCUCUGCAAAUCAGUCUCCAGGCAGUUGAAGAUCAGCUAAAGAUAUGUGGCCACAGGAGGGAUAUUGAUGUCUUCGAACUGUUCCUCUCUAAAAAGGAUCUGACAGAAGUUGUUGAUCUUUCUAGAUUUAAAAAAUUAAAAUAUUUAUGGCUCCAUCAUAAUAAGCUACAUGGAAUAGCAUUUCUAACUAGAAACUAUUGUCUGGCAGAACUGUAUCUACACAACAAUGAAAUAUAUGAGAUAGAAGGCCUGCAUAAUUUGCCUUCAUUGCAUAUUCUUACGUUGCACCACAAUGAGCUGACAAACAUUGACGCUACGGUGAAGGAACUAAAGGGGAUGCAGAAUCUGAAGAUCCUAAGUCUGCACCAAAACCCUUUAUCCCAAUAUAACCUCUACCGUUUGUAUGUUAUCUACCACCUUCCGGGAGUGGAGCUGCUUGAUCAGAAGCAAGUUACAGAGAAAGAGAGAAGAUCCAUGGUUACCAUUUUUAACCAUAAGAAAACUCAUAUCAUUCAAUCGAUAGCAUUCGGAGGAAAAGUGGAUGCCUCUUGGAACCCCAAGUUACCAAUAAGGCAAAAACAACUUCAAAGACUUCCCUCAGAUUUUGCAUUUGGAGAUAAUGUUGACAAGACAGUGUUUGAUGACCCUGAAGAUGCUGUGUUUGUAAGAUCCAUGAAGAGAUCAUUGAUGGCCAUUACCUCCAUGAACUGGGACACCGUCCCAACACGAAAGGAAAAGUAUGAAGAGAAGAAAAAGAUAAAGCCAUCCCAAAUGGUCAUGAUAUCCCUGAGAUAACAGUACUUCCAGAAAUCCUGGUGCUGUUCAGGUGUAUGUUAAAAUGACCCUAUGACUUAGCAUAUUACACAGUUAUUGCAACCUGAAGUUAAUACAUAGAACAAUCAGUAAUGGAAAAAUGAUCCCUACACUAUAGGCUUCUUAAAAAUUUUGUUGCCCAUGAAUAUAGGAAUGUACUUAAAUUCUAAGUAUAAACCUCAACACAUAUCCUCUAAAAUAAACAAGGUCAUGUA